GCGUUUAUAGCUUAACACAUAAGGCAUAACCGGGUUACCGCAUUUAGCUACCUCGCGAGAGGAAAAUCCCAAUUCAAGAACCCUACACUUCCCUCAAAACCCUCAUAGACCCAGAAAGAGCACUUCACAGAUCCAUCGGACGCUGAAUCAAGAUGUAUUACAGAGGAAACUACAUGGAUGGUGGCGAUGCCCGUGAAAUGGGCUUCAAAAGGCAACGCAUAAUGGAUCAAGGUUCCUCUUAUUAUGCUACUCCUCCAGGGUCAAGCUAUAUGUACAAUCCUCCUCCUCCUCCACCUCCCCCGUCAUACUCUUACCAUGGACAGCCUCCACCAUUCCCUGUUGUUCGACUCCGUGGCCUCCCGUUUGAUUGCUCAGAGACUGAGAUUGCUGAUUUCUUGCAUGGUUUGGAUGUAGUUGAUGUGCUUCUUGUCCACAAAGGUGGAAGAUUUACAGGGGAAGCAUACUGUGUUUUGGGGUACCCUCUUCAAGUUGAUUUUGCUCUUCAGAGAAAUAGGCAGAAUAUUGGACGAAGAUAUGUUGAGGUUUUCAGAAGCAAGAAGGAGGAAUACUAUAAGGCUAUAGCCAAUGAAGUUUAUGAUUCUCGUGGUGGUUCAGUUCCGAGGGCUAGAUCUGCUGAUGAAAGCAAAGACCUUGCAGAACACACUGGCGUAUUAUGGCUGAGGGGGCUGCCAUUCUCAGCUAGCAAGGAAGAUAUUAUUGAUUUCUUUAAAGAUUUUGAACUUCCAGAAAAAUCAAUCCAUAUAACAGCUACUUUUGAGGGUAGACCUACAGGGGAAGCAUUUGUUGAAUUUGCUAGUGCAGAUGAUUCAAGAGCUGCAAUGGCCAAGGAUAGGAUGACAAUAGGGAAUCGCUACAUAGAGCUUUUCGCUUCAUCGUCUGAGGAGUUGGAGGAAGCAGUUUCAAGGGGCAGAGUACUGGAGAAACCAGUGGAUGGGAGAGACCCGAAUGAAGUCACGUCUAUUUUGCGGAUGAGGGGUUUGCCAUUUUCUGCCGGCAAGGAUGACAUCAUGGAUUUCUUCAAAGAUUUUGCGUUGACUGAGGAUGCAAUUCAUGUCACAUUUCUUUCUGAUGGAAGGCCAACUGGAGAAGCUUUUGUAGAGUUUGCAAGCACCGACGAUGCAAAAGCAGCCCUGGCAAAGGAUAGGAUGACACUUGGAAGUCGUUACGUUGAGCUUUUCCCAUCUUCAAUCGAGGAUAUGAAUCACGCCGUAUCAAGGGGGCGGUAAUGAACUUUAUUUUUCCUUAGUUAAUAAUCGUAAUGUUGUAACUUGGGGAUUUGGUGCUAGUUUUCUGCGAGGACGACUCUUUAUUUGUCACUACAGGAGAUAGAAAGAACUUUAGGGAACUUCUGCAGUCAUCAUCUGUUUGCUCUUAGUUUCAUGAGUUUAUGGUGUUACUAUUUAUGUGAAAAGUACUCAUUAAACCUUAAACAAGAAUAUGUU